UGCAGCGAGCAGCUCACGACUCGCGAGGAUGUUGUGUCCUCUCUUCUCGACUUGAGCAUGCUCCAGGCUCGUCAGGAGCGACUCACCCUCUAUGUCGCUGCACUGUGUCGCCUUCUCGCCAUCCUCUCUGACCCUGAUCGCACCCUCCCGAUCAUCCCAGUACGACUCGGGACCUCCACGAGGGUGUACUCCGCGCUGUGGGAUUUCGGUUCUCAGGGCGACUUCAUUCACCCACGCGUGGUGAAAGAAGCUCGCUUACCCACGACAGGGUCUCCAACUCCCAUCUCCGUUACCUUAGGGGAUGACAAGACCCGGCGCUUCUUCGAUCAGACGGUCACCGACCUCCCUUUCUUCCUCACUCUCGAGCCGACUGAUCGUUCCCCGGCGUCUCGUCGCCACCGCUCCUCUGCACAUUUUGAUGUGAUGGAGACGGGGUACGACUUCAUUCUCGGCACUCCGUGGUCUCGUCGGUUCCGCAGCACCGAGGCCGAUUGGGCGACCAACACUCUCGUUCUCAAAACGAAGUGUGGACAGACAUAUCGCGUACCUUUCAUAGGUACCACUGCGACACCGCGCCCUGAUCCUCCUCUCCCGGAGCCUUCUGUGCCCACACCAUCUCCUUCUAUCACUGUCACUUCGCCUCGGCAGUUCGCCCACUUCAUCCGACAGGACGACGUCACCUUCUUUAUGGUGAACAUGACGGAUCUCUUACACUAUGAUCCACCCUGUCCCGACGCCGAGCUCCUCCCUCUGGAGCCAGAUCCUCCUUCUAUCUCCAUGGCUCCCAUCUUUACUUCCGUCCCUCCGCCGUCCGUCGAGUCCACCUCGUCGUCGCGCGCUGACGCUGAGGAACUCGCACGAUAUACGGCUGACUUGGAGCCCGCAGUUCGUGACCUCAUCCGAGAGUACCACGACGUUUUUCCAUCGUCGUUCUCGUACGCCGGCAUCCCACCGAUGCGUGACGUCGAGCACUCCAUUCAGCUUGUGCCUGACUAUCGUGUUCACCACCAGGCACCCUACAGACUCUCGAUCCCCGAGGCCACCGAACUCAAGCGUCGGCUUGAGGAGCUCUUGACACUGGGUUUCAUUAAACCCAGCAACUCCCCGUGGGGUGCACCCGUCCUCUUUGCUCGCAAAGCGGACGGAACUCUCCGUCUCUGCAUCGACUAUCGCGGUCUCAACCUCUACACGGUUAAGAACAGCUACCUCAUGCCUCGUUCCGAUGAGCUGUUUGACCGCCUAGCAGGCAACCGCUUCUUUACGAAGAUUGAUCUUCGUAGCGGUUACCAUCAAAUCCGCGUCGCUGCAACCGACCAGCCGAAGACCGUGUUCCGAUCGCAAUUCGGCCACUAUGAGUUCACGGUGAUGCCAUUCGGCCUCACUAAUGCUCCCGCUACCUUUCAGAGGGCGAUGAAUGACAUCUUCAGGGACAUCCUGGAGCAGUACAUUCUCGUCUACCUCGACGAUAUCCUGGUCUACAGUCGUACCCUUGAGGAGCACCUCAGACACCUCCGCGACGUCCUUGACCGCUUGUGCAGACAUGACUUCUACGCCAAGCUGAGAAAGUGCCGCUUUGCCCAGCACAAAGUGGAUUUCUUAGGACACUACGUGUUUUACCAGGGUCUCCACAUGGACGACGUGAAGAUCACUGCUAUUGCGGAGUGGCCCACCCCCAUAUCCGCCAAGCAGCUUCGCAGCUUCCUAGGCCUGACCAGCUACUAUAGUAACUUCAUUCGGGGAUACGCUAGGUAUUCCUACGUCCUUACCUCCACCCUCCUCCGGAAGAACCCACCCUGGGCUUGGACACCCCUCCACGAGGACGCCUUCCUCGCCCUCAAGAAGGCGGUGACAUGCGCACCGGUUCUUCACCCACCCGAUUUUGACCGCCCUUUUAUCCUUACCACGUCAGACUUUGUUGUAAGAGCAGUGCUUUCUCAAGUCUUCCCUUCAUCUCCUGAUUCCUCUCAUCCUCGUAUCCCUCGCUUCCCACCAUCUACCCCUACCACUGCUUCCCGACUGACGCCUACUCGUCCAGCUACUGACGAACCCUCUAUUGACUAUUCUCCUACCAUCGCCGAGGACGGCACUGUCGAGUCUCGCUCAGGUGAUUGUCCGAUAGCCUUCUACUUCCGUCAGCUUCUGCCCGCCGAGAUAAACUACACUGCAGAUGAACAAAAGGUUCUCGCAGUAGUUUAUGCCGCUCGGCACUGGCGUCAUUACCUGCACGGGGCACCAUUCACGGUGCGCACGGACAACUUUGUUGUCCAGGCUUUUCUGACAAAGCCGAAGUUCACUUCUCGACAGGCUCGCUGGUGGCGCGACCUAUCCGAGUUUAGUUUCACCACUGAGCACAUCAAGGGUGAGACUAAUCGGGUUGCAGAUGCCUUAUCCGGGCGCCCUGACCACAACCAGGAGCACAUCCAACUCUCUUCCAUCUCGGUCACCGCUGUCCACCACUCGGUGAUCGACGAGUUUCGCACUCAGUACCGCCACUGCCCCGACUAUCGCGACAUCCACGUGACCCUUCGGAGCGGCAAGACCGUCCCGAACUACUCUCUCGGGGACAACAGUCUUGUGUACUGGCACGGUUCACAGGGCACCAGAGAACCCCGUAUUUGCGUUCCUUCCACUGGACAGCUACGUGUCCGAGCAGUAGCAGAGUUCCAUGACCAGGCAGUUGCCGGUCAUAUGGGCUUCCACAAGACGUUGGCUCGUAUGAGCCGCCUGUACGUCUGGCCGAAGCGCAAGGACUUUGUGAAGGACUACGUCGCAGAGUGUCCCACCUGUCAGGAGGUGAACAGUGCGAACCACUUGCCUUAUGGUUUGCUCCAGCCUCUUCCUAUCCCUGAGGGUCGUUGGCAGUCCAUCUCGAUGGACUUUAUCGGUCCCUUUCGUCCUCCGACCCCUCGCGGUCAUGAUGCUAUCCUGGUCGUCGUCGACCGGUUCACGAAGCGUGCAUGCUUUGUUCCGUGCCGCUAUGCCAUCAGUGCACGUGAGGUCGCCGACAUCGUGUUUGACCGAGUCGUGCAUGACCACGGCUUACCUCUGAGCAUCAUAUCUGACCGUGACCCGCGCUUUACUAGCCGAUUCUGGCGACGGCUCCACGAGGUGUACGGCACUCAGCUCCGCUUCUCCUCGUCUUACCAUCCUCAGACCGAUGGUCACACCGAGAUCACGAACAGGACUCUCGGAGAUAUUCUCCGAAAGAUUGUUCGUGACGACCAGCAAUGGGAUCUCCAUCUUGCCCACGCGGAGAUAGCCUACAACCACGCCGUUUUGCCAGCCACGAGGAUGUCGCCUUACUAUUGCGACCUCGGCUAUCACCCGCGUGUUCCCGCGGACUUCCUUCGACCGUCCCAAAUGCACCCCGACACGAGUUGUCCCGUGCUGGAUGUUUGGGUUGCACACAUGACGUCGAUUAUGAAGACCGCACAUGAGCACAUAGCCGCUUCCCAGACUCACAUGGCAGCACGUGCGAACCGAUCGAGGAUGGAUCACCCAUUCAAGGUCGGUGAUGAUGUGCUUAUCGACGCCCGCUACUUACAGCUCGAAGCGGACACGCUUCGCAAGUUUCGGUGUCGCUUCUUUGRCCCAUGCCGCAUCCUCCAGGCCGUCGGUUCUGAUACGGCAUCUAGCCCGGUCAGCUUUCGUGUGAAGCUGCCCGACUACCUACGCBAGGCUCGUGUGCAUGAUGUCUACCACGUCUYGKUACUGBGUCCUUACYGCAGACCGUCUGAGCGUUUCGCUGGACGACCAUACGAGCACCCUCCACCCAUCAUGGUGGACGGCCACGAGGAGUUCCUCGUUUCAGACAUCAUUGGUCGUCGAGUCACCGAGGACUAUCCUCCCCACGUUGAGUAUCUCGUACAUUGGAAGGGUUCGCCUGAUGAGGAGGCUACCUGGGAGCCCCUCGAGCACUUGCAGCACGCUCGCAUGUUGGUGCGUGCUUAUGACCGUGCUCGUCGUGUUGGGUUCACUGCUCCUCCUCAGCCCACUGACCCUCCUCCUUCUCCCCCGGCUGAGGAGACCGCUGAAGUCGAGCCUGCUCCAUCUGAGGCAGACCUUCAGCAGCAGCCGGAUGCUUCUGAGCGUCCACAGCGCACUCGUCGUCGUCCUGAUCGAUACAACGAUUGACUCUGACUUACCUUCCCACGUCCUUGACUUCUUAGUACUCCAUCCACUCCAGUUUUGCUUCUUCGGCUCGUCGACGUUGCGGCUCUUCCUCGACG